UUUUACCUUUGCUCAAAGUGCUUACUUUCGAUGUUCCAUCCUGAAAGCGGCUACGAGCGCGAGCUAAAGGCGAUCGGGCCUCCCCUCGCUGUGCCCAGGGACGCAGAUGCUCAGUGGCUAUGACAUGGUGCAUACGAGCGGAGUGCCUCCGGCGGAGGGUAUUUAGCAACGCAGGGACUCCCUUGAGUGACAAGCUUUGAGGUCAUCGACCCAACGGUUUCUACACAUCUCCACCUUGUUUUCAAUCCAUCUGUGGACAUCAAAGCUUCUGCGCCAACCCCUUGAGCCAUGGAGGCGUUCGAGAUCAACCUCGUGUCGAGAAAGAACUACAUCAAUACCAGUUCCAUCAUCAAUUCCGCAACAAGUCGUAUCUGUCCGUCCGAGAACCUUAAUGGCCCGGCCAUCGUACCGAUCAUUGGCAGCUACACUUUCCACGAAGUUGCAACGAUAGCCUCUGGCGCCUGUGGGCUCUUCAGCUUGCUCAUCUGCAGCUUUGUCAUUGCCGGCCAUGCGACCAAUUACUCGUUUCCUGUGCAACAACGCCAGAUCAUCCGUAUUGUUUUGUUAAUCCCAUGGGUUUCGCUGUUCUCUUUCAUCGUUGUGUUGGAGGAAAAGGCUGGUGUUUACAUCGUCGAGAGUCUCGACUUUGGGUGUGCGAUUGCGCUGUCAGCGUUUUUGCUACUGAUGUGCGACUUCGUACUAUCGCAUCCUGAUGGUUUCGACAAUCUCUUUGGCACCGGCGCUGGCGCAAAGAGUCGAGGCUCUUUGCAAACGACAGGACCUGCAUGGUUCAAAUGCAUCUGGUACGGGGUUCUGCAGUUCAUACCCACCAGCAUCAUCAUCUGGAUCGGCACCAUCAUCACGCUCGCAGUCGGCAAGUACUGCAGACAGUCAAACAGCGUGCACUUUGCGCAUCUGUGGAUCACAAUCUUGAAGUUCAUCGUAACGACGAUCUCCAUUCUAUGCUGCUUGCUAUUCUACAGCAAGAACAAGCCCAAAUUGCUGCAGCAUAGGAUUCUCCUCAAGCUCUUCACAUUCAAGAGUAUUAUCGGACUGAACGUCGCGCAGACAUUCAUAAUCAAUAUCCUAGCCGGCCAUGGCACGCUCACGCCCACCAAAUACAUGACCUACCACGAUAUCAACGACGGGCUUGCUUCCCUCAUCUUGGCGUGCGAAAUGCCCUUCUUCGCCGUCCUCAUGCUCUUCGCCUUUCCCUCCAAACCGUACAAGAACAGCAAUAAAGCGGCUUCUGUUGGCCCGAUCAAGGCUAUCGUCCAAGCGCUCGAUAUUAGAGAUCUGCUGGGCGCGAUUGUGAGGGGCCCGAUGAGGCUGGUGCGCGAGCAGGAGAGGGAAAUCAGGAGGGAGGGGAGCAUGAAAAUGGAGCUUCAGGGCGGGAGGAGUGGUAGUGGGGGCUUAGACGAGGAGACUGGGUAUAAGGGGAGCAGUGAGAGGGUCGGGAUGGCUGUCUGAGUGAACAGUGUGUUGUGGAUGUUUCAAUGCACUUUGAUGAACUAUGGGUGUUGUGCCGUCAUGAAUAGUGAGGGAGUGUAUGCUUUCCCUUUCCAGCCGAUCAUGAAGAUCUCACUCCUGAUAUCUGCAUACAUAUAGAGCCCUGUGCCGCUCUCACUGUUACUUAGGGCAGUUUUACGUGGAUACAUGCCAUAUUUUCGGUACGGA